CACCAAAACUGGGUUUGAUCGAAACGCCUCCACAUUUACAGAGAACGGAACACCGCACCGACUUCCGGUACCGGCAGCUCUGACAUCGAACGUUGGGAGAGGACUCAAUCUGCCGUCGAUGGGAUGCCUUCCAUGCCCGGCGGAGACUGAUGAUCAGAAACUUAUAAGGCAAGUUAGGGUUUCAGUGUCAAAGUCCAAUCCGUAUCCACCUUAGAGAGAAGGCCAAAAAUCUCGACGGCAUAAAUAGGGUUAGGGUUUAUCAGAUGGAGGUUUGGGGUUUUGUCAAGCUUGCUUCUUUAUCGCUCCAUCGCUUGAUAGCUGGUCUUUCCUUGACAUGCCGACCAAAAGCUGCAGCAGCAACUCGGGUGGAAAUCUGCUACGAAGCGCCGCCGGUGAGCAUCCUGUCUCUUCUCCCAUGAGGCACCUAGGAGACGAUCUCCUCCUGCAAAUUCUGAUUCGUGUACCGGAGCUUAGGUCUGCCUUCCGAUGCAAAUCGGUGUGCAAACGGUGGAACUCCCUGAUCUCCGAUCCCUACUUCAGUCGCCGAUUCAGUUCUCACCACAAGAGCAUGGCAAGCUGCUACGGGGAACCACCUCUACUGCCAUUCAACGAUCCGGAAUCGACCCUGAGCUUUAUCCCUGUACCGCAUGAGCUGAAAGAUCGAUUCGUAGUCAUGGAUUCCUUCAAGGACUUGCUUUUGUGCGGGUUUGUGGACUCGGUUCGUUCGUACAUUGUCUGUAAUCCGUUCUCAAAGCAAUGGAUCGCCCUGCCUUUGGUGCCUAAAAGGUACGUGGAAUAUGAGAAAGUGGUUGCCAGGUUAGUUUGUGAACCCGUUUAUUCGUGUGAUUUGAAUCUUGCUGAUGAUGGCGGCGGUUGCCCACAAGGGCUUAGUUAUUCCGAGUAUCGGUUCUGCGUGGUGCGGCUAUUUGAAACGUGGACUGCAGGAUACAUACGGAAUACUAAGCUAGACGUGUUUUGUUCAGAGACUGGGAAAUGGAAAACAGAUGCUCUUGUUCUUCUAGACGAAUCAAAACGGAAUCAUGAUGCAUUUUCGACGAAUGGGAACUUGUAUUGGGUGACUAACUCUUGGAAAAUUGUUGUGUGUAAUCCUUUCCGUCUAGAUAUUACACCUCCAACUUUCAUUAGUGUUUUGCCAAUCUACCAAAGAACUGAUAAAAUCACCACCUUUUCAACCUCGCAAGGUGCUCUGCAUAUGGUUCUAAUAACUUUUAUGCCAACGGUAUUGCGUCUCUUGACCCUGGAAGAAGACGGUACACGUUACUAUUGGAGGAAACGGUAUAAAGUGGCAUUGGAGACAUUAAUGCCCAACUAUGAGCUUGACAGGUUGGUUGUGGAUGGUGUGGUUGGUCUGCAUCCGGAGAAGCCGGAAAUUGUCUUCUUACAAUUUCACAAAAUCUGUGGUACUACCAUUAGUUAUUUCAUUUUCUCAUGCAAUUUGAAGAAGGGAGAGGCAGAGGAGACAGACUUCCGUUGUGAUCCCAAUUCAUGUUUUUGGAAGGUGUUCCAGCCUAGGUUCUUUGGCUGGCCUACUCCAAUUCCGAGGUAUGAGGAAUUGCGUUGUAGAUAUAACGGUAGCUACGCCUGUUUGCUUCAGAAUGGCAGCGAUGCAACUCCUCCUCCAGUAUACGAAGAAGAGUGGCAAUGGAGUGAGGAAGUUGAAGAAUCUGGUCAACUAAGGAAGAGCAAACGGAUCAAAAUCACAGCCCAAGAGGGCUAGCGAGGAAGCAUAUGUUGGUGAGAGUUUUUUUUGUCCGAAACAAGAUGCUAAAAGCUAGGACGAAGGACUCCUCGUAACGAUGCGAGGCAGAUGAUGAACUGCUCUAGGAUGGCCGUGAUACUUUCGAAGAUAGUAUUGAGAAAAUGGGAGCAUUUGUUAUUGCGACCUGGGAUUCUGUUAGGCUGACAAUACUAAUUUUAUUUAAAAACAUAAAAUUACGACCCUGGAUUCUGUUUUGAUUGCUGUCUUAGUUCUACUUUGUUAGCUUGAGCAACAAGUUACUUCUCCCCUUGAUGGAGGUUUUCUUCUCAUCCGCAAGGAACUUGAAAGAAUGUGAUGUUCAUGGAUAGCAUUUUUCAUCGUCAUUUUGGUUUUGCGUGAAGCAGAGUGCUAGAUUUGGAAUGGAAUUCAAUGAAAAGGAGCAUUCUGCUGUUUUGCAUAUUGAAUUGCAGGAAUGAAGAACAGAGCGAGUU